CACGACCGAACCCCGCAUGGAGCUCGUUAAGAUUAGAUCUGAAGGAAAGUCUACGCAACGCGAUGUAUAUAAGGAGGGCUUUCGUUAUAAAUUAAGUCCAGAUUAUAAUAACAAUUAUUGCCCCUGGUUGUGUCACAGGCGUCUGAUACCGGACAUAUUUGUAUCAACUGCACGUAAGCCAAGCGAUCCCAUUAAUUGGCUUGUGAUGAUGACAAGGAUUUAUCUAGGGUAGUUUCAGCUGUUGUUUGUCAAGACUGUUUAUGCCACAGCGCGUAUUCUGAAAGAAGGAAAACAGCUCACAUUGAGCUCCAAUGACGGAGGAACGCGGCGUGGCUUGUUUACGACUAUUGCAGUGCGGUUCGCGCGUUGUGAUUGAAUGGCUUGUGUGAAUAAUAUCCACGCCUAUAAAUGACCAAAAAUCAAUCACUGGAUUAACCUGCGACUUAUUUCACUGGAUGUACAUGAUAUAGACACAAGGAAAUUCUGUGAUCGGGACGGAACACUCGUCUUUCAGCUGUCGUGGACGUGAUUUAACGUUAUCGGUAGUUUAUUUAAAUUGGGUUAUCUCAUUUCACCGCUUUGCGAGGAAAACAGUGACAUAGGAAAAACGGUUACGAGAUAAGAAACUAUUGCGAAUAAUGAUGAAACUCUUCCCAGUGUGGAGGCAAGGUUCUGGAGAUCUGUUAUUCUAACACGCUCUUGGGGUUGUUUACCGAGCCAGUGAUACUGGACAGCGAGUUGUGAAAGUGCGUCGUGGAUCUACGCAUUGACAAGGAAGUAACAUUAUAUAAGAUGCUUCUCAAACGUGUGUCUUGUUUGAAAUGGAUUAUGAUAGGACACAAAAAACGAGUGCAAAUAAUUCAGAACAGCAUCCAGGCAGCCAUUGUUCAACUCUUCCAGAGAAAGAAGCUGAAGGAGAACGAGCUGGGUAUAUUGCAAGAGAAUGUCAGGUACCUCGCGGGCACCGAGGCGGGACCUCUUAUUUUAGAUUAUUACAAGGAUCAGCUGUUGAAGAAAGGGAUGGUCAUAAUGCGGGAAUCGAUCAAGAACGACAGAGGCACUGACCUCAUGAAGAAGUUGGGUGAAACAUGGGAUUACUUCUACACAGAGAUACUGCCUGACCUUCAGGCGGUGCUGUACCCUCUCAAGACAACAGGUGCCUCAAUUCGACAAGUAACCUUAGUGGAAUUUAGGAACAUCGUCAUGCUCAAAGUCAGCAUUGAAGACGCCUUAGACAACCUGACCGGUGAUGUGCCUCCAUCCAUCCGACAGAUGCUGCUGAUUCUGCAGAGCGUUUGCGAGACUUUUCCAGGAGAGAACUAUUAUAAACUGGAGAAACUAGUCGCCAGAGUUGUCGUUCCUUAUCUCGGACUCCGUGGGCUCUAUAUGGGAAACCCCGAACCUGUCAUACGGUCGUCAUCACGGAUUGUUCCGAAGGUCACAGUCUCAGGAAGCACAGAAAGUAUAUCGAAAGAACAUGACAGGAAUGACGAAACAAAACACACAUGGUCGCCAGUGAUGACCAAAAAACACGCUCACAGGUUCGGGAACGGUCUCCAUGGCAACGCCAAGCUUGCACCUGUGUUUGAACAUGUUUAUGACGGUGGCAGAAGACAUAGUAUAAUAUCCUAGCACCAAUCUAUCUCGAUUUUGUGACAUAUAUUCGAUAUGGCAGCUGUGUCGCCGUCUUUCAGCUAACACGCCAAACGUUUUCGGGAUCUACUACCAGUCUUCGAAGAGUUAUCGAACCUGCUUCGCCAACAGGUGGAGCUCAAGUAUUGACAUUCAAUCGGGACCCGCCAGUCAGAAUUAGCUGUCCCCCAAAGCCAUGUCCGAGGACCUUCGGUUGAAUCUGAAGCAACACUUGAGUUAUGUUCCGGAGAAACAGAACGUAUGGGAUUGCAGUUAUUUCGAAAGGCAACCGGAACUUCAGAGAUCCGUGUUCGAGAAUUGACCCGGAUGAAUUCCGAUGCAUUACCUUCGAGAUAAACAUUUCGAGGCAGCUUCGUAGCGGAUCUGUAUCGUGUAAUUCUAGGACCAUUUGUAUCAUGUUGUUGUGGGUGAAGCUGUUCGCUCUGUGUGUGCCUGAGCCCUUCUGAGGAGUGGCAGACGCCCUGUGAAUAAUAUUGGAUUUGCUUGCUUGGGCAUGGAGUUAUUACCUUCGUUGAUGAUGUCUUGCUCAAUGAGAGGACGUGUGUUAGAUCCACUCUUGUCUUUCAUGUACAUAGCAGUGCCUGAGUGUCUGUGUGAUAUCAUUCCGAGUGACAGGAGCAUUACAUUGUUGUCAUCAGCAUGACAUCAACAAAACAACAUUACACGAUUUGCCAAGCAUGCAAGUUACCAAGAAUGUCACAAAUGGACCUCCUGAGUUCUCCUAUGGUUUGUAAAUGCUUCGCCAAAUGCUAAAACGUAUUAUA